AUGAAAAGACUCCGAGUCUCGUUGUAUCAAGCAAUCAAGAAAAGAAUUGACACGCAAAGAAAGGGAGCACAGUUGCAAGGGAACCAUAAGUACGAGCGUUCCAUCCGAGAACGCAUGCACAAUUUGGCAUUCCAGCAAGUCGGAAACACAAACAAAGGCGAAUAUGACGCGGACAAAGCGUUGGUAGUCGCUCGUGUUAUUCAACAGAUACGUGAUGGUGUCAACGGUGGUAUCGAUGGGCAAGACGGAGUCUUGUUUAUUCAGCAAUACUAUCUGAAUAAAGGACUGAAGAUAUUCAAGGAGCGAGGUAAAGACACGGCCAUGAAAGAACUUGACCAACUGAUCAAGCGCAGUUGCUGGAUGUUAGAAUAA